ACUGAAUUAAAAGAUUCAAAACCUAUUUGUGUACGUAUUUUAUGAAUAUGGCCAACAAGAAAAUUAAUUCGUACACGUUUUGCAAACAGUAAACCUUGAGGUUUUGACAAAGUGGUUUCUUGAUAAAUUGAGUAUAUUAGAGCAUGAUUAAUGGAGGUUUUUAGAGUGGUAUUUUUAGCGAAAAAUAAAAAACCGUUUUUUAAACUUUCAACUAAAAAAACUAAAAAUCUGCUCUUAAAUAAGAUAUUUAAGAAUCGAUUCUUAGUUUUUUAAUUAAAAGUUAAGAGACAGUUUCUUAUUUUCUAUUAAAAAUCUCACCCUAAGAACUUUCAUGCUCCGAGAACAUUAAAUCAUUAACCAAUUAACGCAAAACACAUGAGGGGUAGGCCUUCAUGAGGUCAUGUACUCAUGUUUAUAGGAUGUGGAAGAGUGGUUUUGUGACAAGUCUCAAUAAGACCUUUGUCAUCUAGUGAUCGUGCAUUAAUAUAUCUUUUCGUAUGUCGAAUUAAUUACCUGCACUGAUAUCAUAUUAUUUUAGUAAGUAUUUUGAAUAUAUUGUAUGCCUGAUACGAUAAGAUUGAAUUAUUAAUUAUUCGUCUCCACAAGUUACUGGACCAAUAAUAUUUUGUAUGAUUGAAUCCACAAGCCUUGCCUCGCACCACUAAAAUAUAUAGAGAAGAUAUUACCAAACAGAUAAAAGGGACGUUUAACACAAUUUCAACCUAAUCUGCCCCAAACCCACUUUUCCAAAGAAGUUUAUUAUUAAGCGCAAUCAACUCUAUCAUAUUAAAAUAUUAUGUGACCACUGAUUAUUUUUGUUGGUAUAAACACUAAUCAACUAUGUGGACAUGAAUAAAUCAAAAGCACCGGUUUCACUUCAUAUGGAGCCUACUUACAAGGUAGUAUACUAUGGAUGAUAGUCAGAUAUGUAAAUACGAGAAAAGGUAUGCCGACUAAUAUUUGACAAUUAAUUACACUGCCUGAAAUUUGUUAAGAGUCUUAAGACGUACAUGUUGUCUCAAGUUAAGUAUAUGCGUAUAUGCACAUUGAGAGGUAGCAACACGAGUAGUUUUGCUAUACAUCAAAGGCUGUAUUGGGAAAGGAGUUCUACUUAAAGCCAACAGCGUUGUACGUGAGUAAAUGUGUAUAGAGACUCGUACAUGUUCACUUAUUCGACGAUCUUUUGAGGGCCUAUGUAUUUUGUUUUGGAGAGUCCAAUAAACUUAUUUGGAUAACAAAAAAAAAAGGUUUUCGCUCGUAUGCAUAAACUGAAACCAUGAAAUGACAAGUCAAAAUGAAAAACAUACAAUUACACCUUGUUACAAAAAUAUAUAUUUAAAUGCAAAGAUCUUUGGAUGAAUUACUAUAUGACGAAAGCAAUCGUGAUACAAUAGGGGAAAAAAAUGUAAGAUGCAUGCAUCUCCUGCAUCGGUUGAUAAGUUUCCAUAGAUAUGUAUUUUAACUUCCAAUCUCUGGAGGUGGGUUCCAUUUUACUUACUAUAAAUAUGUAAUGUUUCAAUUAUUUGGUAUUCGUGUUGGUCGCAAAUGCAUCUUGCGUGGUACACCAAAAUAAUAUCGAUCCUAAGAAAAAAAUAAAGUCAAAGUGCACUAAUUAAGUAAUUAUUAGGUACUUUAAAUUUCUUUAAAAAAAUCUUAGUAGAUUUAGCUCAUUGCAUUACAUGUUUACAAGGUAACACUUGACGUGAUAAUAAACAUAGGAGUCAUUUUCUUCUAUAAACUAUAUAAUUUUAUAUAACACAAAGAAUUAACUACCAAUUAAAAAAAUAAGAAAGCGACCCGAUGAAUGAAAGAAACAUCAGAAACGGCCUCAUUGUCCGCCAGAAAAUAUCUUGGAUGAGGACAUCAAUUUAUCUAUACACUAGAGGGACACACCUCCAACUUUAAACAAUUAUAUCGUUACACCUAAUGACAUAGAAUUAUGUUCAAUUCCAUCAACAAAUAAACUAAUGUCUGUUUGUUUCGGAACAUAAUAUUAACCAUACCAAACUUCCCUAUAUAUAUAUAGCUAGAGAGACCAAUCUCAUUCAAAGCAUUACUCUCUUCGCGUGUGACAGUAAACAUGGGAGCUCUCGACUUUCUCUUCGACUAUUUCUCUAAUAGUUUCGAUGUUUCGAUAAGAAAACGGAAGAAGCAUAAAGUCAUGCAGACAGUGAACAUAAAGGUGAAGAUAGACUGUGACGGAUGCGAACGCAAAAUCAAGAACGCUGUUUCCUCCAUGAAAGGGGCAAAAUCGGUGGAAGUGAAUAGAAAGAUGCACAAAGUGACAGUGAGUGGCUACGUGGAUCCCAAGAAAGUAUUGAAGAGAGUGCAAAGCACUGGGAAGAAGAAAGCUGAGUUAUGGCCGUAUGUUCCUUACACGAUGGUGGCUUAUCCGUACGCAGCUGGAGCUUACGACAAGAGGGCACCAGCGGGUUUUGUGAGGAAGUCGGAGCAGGCUCAGGCGCAGCCGGGAGGUACAGACGAUAAGCUCAUGUCCCUUUUCAGCGACGAGAACCCUAACGCCUGCAUCGUCAUGUGAAUGAGUUUAGUGCUUUACAUAAUUAUAAUUAGCAACGUUUUUUUCUAUUUUUAUAAAGUUUGUAUUGUAAUCUUCUUGGUGUUCUAUAUAAUAAGAAGCAAAGCAACUUAUAGUAAACUACUUGUUUUUUGGUUAAAACUCAUAGUCGACUGCUAUAUGUGUUAUUUAACGACGACUAUCUAACUCGCUAUUUUCUCA